CCCCGGCAAUGCUAUAGUAAAUUUGGAAGUGGAAAAGGAUACAGAUUUAAAAAAUGACGGUGGAUUUUGAGGAAUGUAUCAAAGACUCCCCCAGAUUCAGGGCCAACAUUGAUGAGGUGGAGACUGAUGUGGUGGAAAUUGAAGCCAAACUUGACAAGCUGGUGAAGCUUUGCAGUGGGAUGAUUGAAGCUGGGAGAGCCUACGUCAGCGCAAACAAGUUGUUUGUCAACGGCAUCCGCGACCUGUCACACCAGUGUAAGAAAGAAGAAAUGAUCUCGGAGUUUCUUGAGAAAUGCGGAGAGAGCCUACAGGAAAUUGUCAACUAUCACAUGAUCCUUUUUGACCAGGCACAGAGAUCCAUCAAGCAACAGCUGAAUAAUUUUAUCAAGGACGAUGUACGCAAGUUCAAAGAGACAAAGAAACAGUUUGACAAGGUGCGAGAGGAUAUGGAGAUAGCCCAGGUCAAGAAUGCUCAGGCACCGAGGAACAAACCACACGAAGUGGAGGAGGCAACCAGCACACUCAUCACAACCCGAAAAUGCUUCCGCCACUUGGCCCUAGACUAUGUAUUACAGAUCAAUGUCCUGCAAGCCAAAAAGAAGUUUGAAAUUCUUGAUUCGAUCCUGUCCUUCAUGCACGCCCAAUACACGCUGUUCCAACAAGGCUACAAUCUCCUGGAUGAGAUUGACCCCUACAUGAAGAAGCUGGCCGCUGAGUUGGAUCAGCUGGUCAUUGACUCAGCCAUGGAGAAGAGGGAAAUGGAACACAAACACGCAAUCAUCCAGCAAAGGACAUUAAUGCAGGAUUUCUCAUAUGACGACUCCAAGGUGGAGUUUAAUGUGGAUGCUCCCAAUGGAGUAGUGAUGGAGGGAUAUCUCUUCAAAAGGGCUAGCAAUGCUUUCAAGACAUGGAACAGGCGAUGGUUUUCUAUACAAAACAGCCAGUUGGUCUAUCAGAAGAGACUUAAGGAUGCAUUGACGGUUGUAGUGGAAGACCUGCGUCUUUGCUCUGUCAAACCUUGUGAAGACAUAGAGAGGAGGUUCUGUUUUGAGGUGGUGUCUCCAACAAAGAGCUGCAUGCUGCAGGCUGAAUCAGAGAAGCUUCGUCAGGCCUGGAUUCAAGCGGUCCAAGCCAGCAUCGCCUCCGCCUACAGGGAGAUCACAGACAACUACUAUAUUGAGCGGUUGGACCGUACGGCCUCCCCCUCCACCAGCAGUAUAGACUCGGCCAGUGAGUCCCGGGAGCGUAGCAUUCGAGGGGAGAGCAUCCUGCAGCGGGUCCAGUCCCUGCCAGGGAACGAGCAGUGCUGUGACUGCGGUCAGGCCGACCCCCGCUGGGCUAGCAUUAACCUGGGCAUCCUGCUCUGCAUUGAAUGCUCUGGUAUACACAGGAGUUUGGGUGUUCACUGCUCAAAGGUGCGUUCUCUCACGUUAGACUCCUGGGAACCAGAGCUUCUCAAGUUAAUGUGUGAACUGGGGAACACUGUAGUAAACCACAUCUAUGAGGGUGCGUGUGAAGAGCGUGGGUUGAAGAAACCUGGCCCCUCCAGUUCAAGACAGGAGAAGGAGGCGUGGAUAAAAGCCAAGUAUGUGGAGAGGAAGUUUCUGAAGAAGAUGUGUGGCUCCGAGGCUCUGAUCGAAGGGGACAGGAAAUCAAACCGCUGGGGCGUGAAGAAGUGUCGGCGACACAAUAGCUCUAUCAGAGCCCCUAAAUCCCGACGGAAAUACCGGCACGAUGCCGGUGGCACAUCUCCAGGCAACCUUUCGUUAGUGAAGUUCCGUAGAGACUCUCUCUUCUGUCCUGAUGAGUUAGACUCCCUCUUCUCUUACUUCGACACAGGCUCAGGCCCUCGCAGUCUAAGCAGUGACAGUGGACUGGGUGGCAGCACAGACGGCAGCACAGACAUCCUGGUGUUUGGCUCUGUGGUGGACAGUGUCACUGAAGAAGAGGGAGAGGAUUCUGAGGAGUCAAGUGGUGAAGUGGAGAUUGAGCAGGAGACCUCAGACCCUGAGGACGUACGGGAGUUGCAUCCAGGUGCAUUACUCUACAAAGCUUCACUGGCCCACAACCUGCCCCUCAUGGCUGAGGCGCUGGCACAUGGUGCAGAUGUGAACCUAGUCAGUGUUGAAGACGAAAGGAAGACGCCUCUAAUACAAGCAGUGAUAGGGGGCUCUUUGGUAGCUUGUGAGCUUUUGCUGCAGAAUGGAGCAGACGUCAAUCAGAGAGACAUGAGAGGGCGGGGCCCACUCCACCAUGCCACAUGUCUAGGUCACACAGGUCAGGUGUGUCUAUUCUUAAAGCGAGGGGCUUCCCAAACAGAGAUCGAUGAUGACGGGCAGGAUCCUCUGACCAUAGCUGUCCAGGCCGCCAAUGCAGACAUAGUUACGCUGUUGAGGUUAGCCCGGAUGAACGAGGAGAUGCGGGAAUCGGACGGACCCUUCGGACAGCCAGGUCAAUAUCCCAGCAGCAGCCCCACAGAGCAGCAGUAUAGGAAGUGUAUUCAAGAGUUUAUCUGCCUUACCAUAGAUGAGUGUUAGGGAGAGCCACUGGGCAGGGUCUUGGUUCAGGCACAACUUGUGGAUGUGAAGUACUUAUUGGGGUAUCUUUUAGCCCGUUACUCUCUGCCAGGCUAGUAAACGGUGAUUUCCUCAACAACAUUCCCUUCGGCUCUGGGCAUUAACCCCACUGGUCUCUAAAUGAAACUCGUACUCUUGUUUCAAAAAGAACUUUAUUCUUUAUAAGCUCAUCCUUACGUUGGGUUAGUCUUUAAGGCAGCAUUAAUGGACCGAAAACAGCAACACUUUUCAACAGUCAAAGAUGCGUACUAAGGUUUUUAAUGAGUUUACAAGGCUUCAUGUAACUCCUAGAAUCAGCCAAUUAAACAUCUUCUUUUGGCCGUAUCAUCUUUAAUGAACAUUGCAAGAUAAAAAAACAAACAAACCAAUUGUUUGUUUACGUUUCCCUGUAAGAUAGUAAUAUGAUAUUGACCGUAACGAGAUAUUAGCAUACAUUUCAAGAACGUAACCAAGAAUCUACAUGUCUUACGUUGCCCGGCGCAAAAUCAUUGCGAAAAGAUCAUAAUGAUGUUUACUCUUGAACCUGGCCACAAGAGUGGAAAACUGACUUAAGACUCUGCUUUGACCCAAACAGUGCUGCUAAAGGUUCUGUCAGUAGAUAACUGACAUUUUGACCGCCCACAUCAACGCAGACUAGUCAGGCACACUUUGAAAGGUUUAAUGAACACACCAUUCAUUUAUAUGGGGAUGCGGUAAAAUGAAAUCUUCCUAUCUGCUGAGGAAUCGUUCCCACCAAUGAAACUGAUAGAACUGUCACUACAGACAAGAGGAGCUGCACACAAACAGAAGGGCAGUUUAGAAUGUAGCAUAGAUGGACCAU